UGAAAACAAAUACAAAUGUUAACUAAUUUCUAGUAAUGGCUUAACCUUUUCAUAAAAGAAAAUUGUACUAUUGAAGCAUAAAUUGUAUUAUUGGGAUGGUGGUAUAAAAAUUUGAUGCUUUUUGAAAUUCAUUAGCAACUCUUUUUUUUCCCCCAAAAUGAUAGCGUGCAGAGUUUUAUCCGAGAAGAGUCUAAUUCACAAUGUUCUUAUUUUCCGGUGUUCACAUGCCUUGGUUGUCAGCAAAGAAGAUUGUUUAUAUCCUCCUAUUGUUGAUAUGUCAAAAGAAGGCCAAAGGAGGCACAAUCGUCAGUUGUGGUAUGAUUCAAUAAAGGCUUUGCCGACAGUUGAGCAAAAAUUAUAUGAAUUGGCUGUGCAACAAAGAAUGAAAUUACUAAAAUAUUUACUUUCUAGUGUUCCCCAGACAUAUCGUGCAGUUCCCUUUUAUCAGUAUAUCACCAGAACUCAUUUUGUCGAUAACUUGCCAGAACGGCUACUAAAUAUGAAUGUUGAUGAUGAAUUGAAUGACAUAAAAAGUACUCUGUGUGAUACUUUGUUGAAAUAUUAUUAUAAUCCUUGGGCAAAAAAUAAGUCUAAGAAAUUCGACGAUUUUUUAAAUGAAAAAGCAGCUGGCUCAGGAUUAGUGAAUAUGCUAAUAUCACAAUGUUAUAAAAAACUUGCUUUAAAAAAUGAUUAUAUCUUAGAAUCCAUGAUUCAGCAGCAUCCGAGAGUGAGUUCAUUUUGGUGGCAUAGUGGUUUUGAUUCUAAAGAGGACAGAAUAUAUGAGAAGAACCUUUGUUUCCAGUAUCAUGAUUUUCCUGCAUUUGUAAUCAGAAUGAAGAAACCUCUUUCUCCAAUUGUGAGUUUAGAUGACCCACUUUGUGCAACUGCAGAAGUGCCAGAUUAUAAUUAUCCUCCAAAAGGUCUUGGAAAUGCAAGUAAAAGAUGGCACAUGAUUGCGUCAGUCCCAGGCUACUGGCCUGGCGAUCCAUUCGAGUUUCCCUUUUUGCUUGUGAACACAUCUGACAUACUUAACCGACUACUCUGCAAGUUACAAUACUAUAAUCUUAAGAAGAUAGAAGAUAGUGUUGCCAUGAUGUCUUCUUUUGGAUGGUUGAAUGCUGUUGCUACAUAUCAAGGUUUUACCCCUUUCCAUGAUGUUUCUUAUCCCAUUGUGACUCACACAAUUCUCACCAAUGGCCAGGAUUGGAAUUUUUAUGUAUAUCAGCUCAAUACCAUUGCAUUUCAUAGUGAUGUAGAUAAAAAAGACCGCCGGAACAUAUGCUGGUCGUCUGGGAAAAUGCGACUCUUCGACGCUGUUGAAGAUGGGAAAAUCAAAGGGAUUAAUGAUGAGGUUUUCAAAAUGCUCCUGAAGUGUUUACUGAAUGCUCCAUACCUUCAAGAUAAUUUAGUUUUAAAGCCAUAUUUAGGAGCUGAUGACAGAAGUGAAGAAGAAAGAAAAACUAUGAGAUUUUUCCUCAGGCGAAUGAACAGUCGAGCUCGUGAUCCUAAAGCCUUUUUGGAAGAAAUACCAACAUGGGCAAGAAUUUAUAAAUAUCAUCCUGAUGCUCCACCAUCCCCCCUUUUAAAAUUAUAUUAAAAAUAUUUAGAAAUUUG